AUGUCUACAGCCCAAAACCCCCAUGAGCCUCCCAGAGGUCCCGUUCUGUUCUCAUCGCGGCUGAGAGAAGGUCGUGCAUUGGCACAGGAUGUAUGGUCCAUCUUCAACGCUGCCAACUUGCCUGGUGACUGUAUAAACCUUGGACAAGGCUACAUGAACUUUGCUCCACCGACGUGGGUCACCAGAGCUGCAGAAGAAGCCCUUAACACUGUCGCACCCAACCACUACUCUCACCCGAAGGGUCGUAUUCGCUUACGGCAAGCGAUCAAGGCCCACUAUAGCGAAGCGUUUGGCAAAGAGCUGGAUGUUGAACAGGAAAUCCUGGUCACAAGUGGUGCCAACGAAGGCCAAUACUCCGUGUUCACUGCGUUCUUGGAGCAAGGGGAUGAGGUCAUCCUCUUUGAGCCUUUCUUCGAUCAAUACCUUCCAUCUGUGACCUUCAACGGAGGAAAGCCGGUCUACGUUCCCUUGCACCCACCCGCACAUUCUAAGGAAAACUCGACUAGUGAUGACUGGAAGAUUGACUUCGCUGAGCUCAGGCGUGCCAUCACACCACGAACGAAGAUGAUCAUUGUCAACACACCGCACAACCCGGUCGGCAAGGUUUUCACCCGAGCAGAGCUUGAGAAGAUCGCAGACAUCGCGAAAGAGUUCAAUCUUCUAGUCAUGUCCGAUGAAGUGUACGAUUGCCUUGUCUUCGACAAGAAGGACCACGUCCGGAUUGCCACACUUCCGGGAAUGUGGGAGCGGACGGUCACCGUGGGUUCUGCCGGCAAAUCCUUUGCCGCAACUGGCUGGCGUAUCGGCUGGCUCAUCGGUCCCCAAAGCAUCAUCCAACCCACCCUCGCUGCCUCCACCCGCAUCGUCUUCUGCUCGAAUUCUCCCCUGCAAGAAGCCGCUGCCUCUGGUCUCGAACAGGCGAGCAAGAAUGGAUACUGGGAGAAGCAGGUACAGGAGUAUGAAGAGAGGCGAGACGUUAUUGUCGAUGCGUUCAGGAAGCUCGGCAUGAAGUUCACGUUGCCUGAAGGGACCUACUUCAUCCUACUAGAUAUUUCGGACGUUAAGUUCCCUGAAGACUACCCCUUCCCGCCGAGUGUGCAAGGCAGGGGACGUGACUUCAAAGCCUGCUGGUUCAUCGCCAUGGAAGUCGGUGUAUCCUCCAUCCCGGUCAGCGAAUUCUACUGCGAGGAACAUACAAACAUCGGAGAACGUUUCGGUCGUUUCGCCUUCUGCAAGGACCUCGAUACCUUGAGAGCUGCCUCCGACAGGUUACAGAACCUGAAGAAGUUCCUCGUCUGA